CGGAGGAGCUCGCGGGCUCUCGGCGCGCGGCCGGCUGUCAUGGCAACCGCCGCCGGGGGCGUGUGGAGUCGGAGCGGGGGCGUGGUGACGUGGGGUCUCGCGGCGUUGGGCCCGGUCGGGGCGCGCGGCCUGCAGGGUUCGGCGGGGCUCGCGCGCCCUGAGGCCCGGGCGGCCAUGGCGGCCCCGGACGUCGACCUGGGCUCCCUGAGGAAGACCUACCGCGCCGAACGGGAGGCCUUUGAGGAGACCCAUCUCGCCUCCCUGGAUCCCAUAAAGCAGUUUGCCGCCUGGUUCGAGGAGGCCGCAAAGUGCCCCGCCGUGGGAGAGGCCAAUGCCAUGUGCUUGGCCACCAGCACUAGGGCAGGGAAGCCCUCCGCCCGCAUGCUGCUUCUCAAGGGUUUCGGCCAGGACGGCUUCCGCUUCUUCACCAACCUGGAGAGCCGCAAAGGGAGAGAGCUGGACUCUAACCCCUUUGCCUCCCUGGUCUUCUACUGGGAGCCGCUCAACCGGCAGGUGCGCGUGGAGGGCCGGGUGCGGCGGCUGCCGGAAGACGAGGCUGAGCGCUACUUCCGCUCGCGCCCCAAGAGCAGUCAGAUCGGCGCCGUGGUCAGCCGCCAGAGCUCCGUCAUCCCCGACCGGGAGUACUUGAGGGGGAGGAACGCGGAGCUGGAGACGCUGUACCAGGGGCGCGAGGUGCCCAAGCCCGACUACUGGGGUGGCUACAUCCUGAGCCCCGAGGUGGUGGAGUUCUGGCAGGGGCAGACCAACCGCCUCCACGACCGCGUCGUCUUCCGGCGCCUGCAGCCCGGGGAGAAGGCCCCAGGGCCUCUGACCCGGCGCGGGGAGGAGGACUGGGUCUACGAGAGGCUCGCCCCCUGACCGCCCCACCCGGAGCCGGCACCGUUGGCCCCGCCACGGGGCGCGAGAGGAGAGAUGCGCAGAGCGGCCCUGCCCUCCCCCGGGGCCCACCCCCGCCGUCCAGCUGAUCCACUCAGUGCCCUGCCUGGGUGGGGGAAGGGAGGAGGCGGGGUGGGCCGGGGGUGUCUCUGCUCCAAUUGAGCCCCUCUACCCCCCAACCCUCUCCCCUCUUCCGAGUUUCGCCCUCGUGAAAUCGGGGGGGUGGGCCGUCACCUUGAAGUGGUGUGACCCGACCCCAUGGCGGUGUUGUGUAUAUGUAUGUGGGGACGUGUGCAAAUACGUGGGCUUGUGUGCGCAUGUGGGCGGGUGUGUGCACCUUUGUGUGAGAGCAGUGGGCACGUGCACGUGAGUGUAUAUGUCUAUUCAGCCCCCCCCCCCCCCCCCCCCCGCCUUCCCAAAGCCGGAGGAACUCCUCGCUUUCUGUCACCUGCUGAGCCACGGGCUGGGCUCCGUACAGGCUCAAAAAUAAAUGUUCCCAGCCCCUGA